AUAAAUUUCAUUAAAUCUAAAUCAGUUCGAAUAUUAAGCCAUCAAAAUGAAGAAGACUUACAAUAAUCCGCUGUGCACGAUCCUUCCCCAACGCGUUGUUAUGGGGAUCAUGGGAUUCCUUGCAAUUGCAGUCUCCUAUACAAUUCGACAGUCUCUUUCAGUUACAAUUACUGAAAUGGUGCCCAAAAAAACGGACGCAAGAAUUGGCGAGACAUAUAGUUGGUCGGAAACGGAGCAGGGAUGGGUUUUGUCCUCUUUUUAUAUUGGCUACGUUAUUUCGCAUGUUCCUGGCGGUUUGGUUGCUGAAAAGUUUGGAGCCAAAUGGACAAUUGGUUGUGGAGUAUUAUUAAUGGGUGUUUUGAAUGCAUUAACCCCAAUAGCUGUGAGAUAUGGUAAUAUUAUGGUUGUAAUAGUUUUGCGAAUUAUUAUGGGCCUAGGAGGUGGAACCACGUAUCCUGCUCUCAGUGUUAUGUUGGCGGCGUGGGUUCCGGAGAAAGAGAGAGGAAAACUUGGAUCAAUUGUGUUCGGAGGUGGUCAGAUUGGAAGUCUUGUAUCAUUUGCUUUAUCUAGCGUGAUAUUGGGCAAAUAUCAUUGGCAGUACAACUUUUAUUGCUGGUCUAUUAUUUCUGUAAUUUGGUUUAUUCUAUUCACGAUAACUUGCUACAGUGAUCCUGCAUCGCAUCCAUUCAUCACCCAAAAAGAGCUUAACUAUUUAAAUGCUGAAUUGGGGCAAACAAAGCGAAACGAUAAAUUACCACCAACUCCAUGGUCCUCGAUUCUCACAAAUAUUCCAGUAAUGGCGAUGGUAUUUGCGCAGAUGGGCCAUGACUGGAUCUUGUAUGUUAUUUCCUCUGAUUUGCCAAAAUAUUUGAAGGAAGUAUUACAUGUACCUACGGAAGAAGUUGGAUUCUAUACAUCGUUGCCAUUCUUGGGAAUGUGGCUAUUUUCAAUUUUUUCCGGAUAUGUAUCCGAUUUUCUAAUCGUUCGACGUAUUCUUACGAUUACACAAGCGCGUAAAUUUUUCACAUUUUUGGGUGCCGUUCCACCGGCUUUUUUCAUUAUGGCUGCCUCAUAUGCCGAAAAAAAUUUAUUCGUUGUUGUAACUAUGUUCGUAUGUGCCAUGAGUUUUUUGGGUAAUUUUUAUCCAGGCCUUAAAAUAAAUUCAUUGGAUUUAAGCCCCAAUUAUUCCGGAUCCCUAAUGGCACUAACAAAUGGUAUCGGAGGAAUUUCUGGUGUAGUGGUACCCCCAUUUAUUGGCUAUAUUGUAGAUGAUAAAACAAACUCAGCAAUUUUGCAAUGGCGUAAGGUCUUCUGGAUUACAUUUGGUUUUUCUAUUGUCAGAACUGUUGUCUUUUUAUUGUGGGGAAGUGGUGUAGUGCAGCAAUUUAACAAUCCAGUUAAACAAUUAUCGGUUGAAUCGGGCAUUUCCAGACAACCCGAUACGCCAACAAAUCGAUAUGAAAUGAGCAGUGAUUUAAGUGAUCAAACAAUUGAUAAAAAUGUUGUAGUUUUUAAUGAACAAAAUAAAACAUAAUCAUUAACUGAUGAUCCAUUGAACUAAAAA